AUGAGCUCAGUAAAGGACAGAUCAGACAGCAGAGCUCUGAGCACGGCUAUAGGACCCUGUAGGACCCUGGGAGCCCGCACCCCUCCUCUUCACCUGUCCCGUGGCUCUCUCCAUCGCGCAGCCCGUCCCGAGUCAGUGCAGACUGUGACCAUGGUGUGGAGCGCAGGCUGUGUGCUGCUGCUGCUGUCGCUGCUGUUCUGUGGGCUGUGCGUGGUGCAUGGGGCAGACAUGGUGUUCCUGUGCCCGAGCUGCACAGCAGAGCGCCAGGCUCUGUGCGCCCCGCUCACCCACAGCUGUGUGGAGAUGGUGCGGGAGCCCGGCUGCGGAUGCUGCCCCGUGUGCGCCCGGCAGGAGGGCCACACGUGCGGGGUGUACACGCCGCGCUGCGCUACGGGACUGCGCUGCUACCCCACCCCCGGGGCCGAGCUUCCGCUGGAGACACUGGUGCAGGGCCUGGGUCAGUGUCGGAGGAGCGUGGAGCCAGAGCUGGCCACCCUGAGCAGUGCGCCUCAGCAACCCACCGGCGACAUGGUGCAGGUGGUCCCAGAGCAGGGCGCCAGCGAGGGGCCCGUCCUCACUAAGCCCAGCAAGCAGGCCCAAUGGCUGGGUCCCAAGGAGAGUGCAGUAAGGCAGCACCGGCAGGAGCUCAAGACCAAGAUGAAGAGCAACAAAGUGGAGGAGGUGAAGGCUGCGCGUCCCAGACAGACGCAGUGCCAGCAGGAGUUGGACCAGGUUCUGGAGAGGAUUUCCAAGAUGCCGUUCAGGGACAACCGCGGCCCUCUGGAGGAUCUGUAUGCCCUGCACAUCCCCAACUGUGACAAAAGGGGGCACUACAACAUCAAACAGUGUAAGAUGUCCCUCCACGGCCAGCGGGGGGAGUGUUGGUGCGUGAACCCCCAUACUGGACGUCCCAUCGCAGCCGCCCCCACCGUCAGAGGGGACCCCAACUGUCGGCAGUACUUCAGCGAGCAGGACCUGGAGCUGCCCGAGCCGGAGCACAUAUGA